AUGGGAACCCCUAUGUCAACCCAGGAGCAGCAGCUCUGCCAGCUUCUACUCGAGCUCCCCGUUCGCCAUGACUUCCGUUUCACCGAAGAUGCCGCCCACGAGCUGUUGACUGCGCUGUUUUGGUGCAUGGCCGGCGGCAAGUCCGAUUACAUGGGCCUUUUCUUCCCAACAGGAGGGCCGGCCCGGAACGGGACGCUCAAGCUUCGCGAAGCUCAAGGCGCGGUCGAGGGCGCCGAAUACACCGAAGCAUCCCGCGGCAAAGCCUGCGGGCACAUAUUCAAGCAGGGCGAAGCCUCAUACUCAUGCAGAACAUGCGCCGCUGACGAUACCUGUUGUUUGUGCAGCAAGUGCUUCGAGGCCACCGACCACACGGGACACAUGGUUCGGAUCAGUAUCUCGCCGGGAAACAGCGGCUGCUGCGAUUGCGGCGAUUCGGAAGCAUGGAACAGGCCCAUGUUCUGCACAAUACACUCGAUAUGGGAGGGUGAAGGGAAGGGCAAGGGCAAAGAGGCGCACCCGCUGCCCGAGGACCUCGUCGCCAGCACACGCAUGACCAUUGGCCGUGUGUUCGACUACCUCUGCGACGUCAUUUCAUGCUCGCCGGAACAGCUGCGCCAGGUCAAGACAGUCGAGUCGAUCGAACAAGAUGAGAAAAUGUCUAGGCUGUCGCCAACAUACUGCGGCGGUGAUACGGAGCCGCCCGGGGAAUACGCCGUGUUGUUGUGGAAUGACGAGAAGCAUACUAUAUUCGACGUCCGGGACCAAGUCGCUCGCGCCUGUAGCACAACGAUGCACAAUGCUAUGAAUAAAGCCUACGAAACCGACGGCAUCGGAAGGAGUCUCUUGAUGUACGACGCAAGCAUAGAGAAGCUCAUCGAGGUGGCAGAUACACUCGAGAAAAUCCGAGUCACAGUGACCAUCCGUUCUGCUAGGGACACAUUCCGAGAACAAAUGUGCGACACCAUGAUCGAGUGGCUCAGGGAUAUUUCGGGAUGCAGUGUCGGCGGGGAUCAUCAACUUUUACGUCGGGUCGUGUGCGAGGAGAUGCUCAAGCCCUGGCGCAAAGGGAGCCCUGCAGCCAACGCGAUUGUCGGCAAAAGCGGCAUCGACGAUGAAGACAUGAUAGAGCGGGAAGGCCGGGGUGUGAACGAAUUUUACCAUGAGCAGGAAAGAAUUCUUCUCCAGGCUCGCCAGACGGCCCGGGCUGCCCGUCGAGAAGCCGCAGAGGGCGACGCGAGCGACGACGAUGUUGAGGAUGAAGAUGAAGAUGGGGCCGGCCACACGCCCGGCAGCGACAGUGGGGAAGAUGACGGCGAUGACGACGACGUUAUGAUGGUGGACGCCCGAACAGACGGAGAUGUACCCAUGCAGGACUGGCGGCAAGACACGGCGCUCGAGGAGGACGAAGCUACAGUUGCUGGCUACCCGCCCCCUCCUCCACCUCCUCCUGUGCCGCGUCGCACCGCGCGCGAGCGAGAACUCACUCCCUCAGACUCCGAUACUGCCGAGCCUCUCAUCGCCCCGACGGUGUACGCAAAAGCGCUCUUGGAAAUCCCCAAGACUCCUGGCGCACCAACGGCCGAGGCCGCACCACCUCCCAGGCCCGGCCAGUACUGGCUCGCAACACCGGUCGGUUACGUGGAGCAGGAAGACAUCCCAGCCGCUGAAAACCUCUUCGAGAGAGUCCGCCUGGACUGGCUGAUUCUCUUCGACCUCAGGAUGUGGAAGAAGGUCCGUAAUGAUCUGCGGUCGCUUUACAUCUCCACUGUCGUCACCAUCCCGGAGUUCAAGCGCGUUCUCGGCCUACGGUUUGCCGGUCUCUACACCACGCUGGCCCAACUAUACCUCAUCGGCGAUCGGGAGCCUGACCACUCCAUCAUCAACAUCUCCCUUCAAAUGCUCACCACCCCUUCGAUCACGGCCGAGAUCGUGGAGCGCGGCAAUUUCCUCACCAGCCUGAUGGCUAUUCUCUACACUUUCCUGACCACGCGGCAGGUCGGACACCCCUGGGAUGUGGCGUCCAACGCCGUGUUGUCCUUUGACACCGGCUCUGUCACAAACCGGAGGAUGUACCACUUCUUCCUCGAUCUCAAAUACCUAUUCGGUUCUGCCCACGUUCAGGAACGUCUCAGGACAGAAGAACGGUAUAUGAUGCAGUUCUUGGACCUUGUCAAGCUGCACCAGGGCAUUUGUCCCAAUGUGCGGGCGAUGGGUGAUCAUGUGGAGUACGAAGCGGACAGCUGGAUCAGUGCCUCUCUUGUCACGCGCGAGGUCAACCGGUUGUGUCGGCAGUUUGCCGAAUCCUUCCGCAAUGUCAAAGAGCAGGAUUCUCUCUAUGUGCUGCGGGCGAUCCGCCUUGCGGCCAAGGCGGUCAUCAUCAACUCGAUCGGAGCCGAGCGCGGCAGGUUCAGCCACUCCGAGAUCAAAAAUGAGGUCACUUUCAAGACGCUCACCAACUUCGAAUUCGAGUCGCCCGACCGUAAUUUCGAUGUCGUCAAGUUCGUGGUCGAAGAAGAACACAUCAGUUUCCAUCACGCCCUUCACUACACCCUCUCGUGGCUUAUCGAGUGUGGCAAGGCGAUGCCCAUCGAACAGCUCAAGGCACUGCUAAGCUUCACAGCCCAGGAGCUUAUGAUGAAGCCUCGGUCCAUGGGCAAAAAGACGAUGCCUCGCUACGGUGACGAGUAUGGCCCGGAGGACUACCUUAUGGCUGCCUUUGACUUCCCCCUGCGAGUGUGUGCCUGGCUCGCCCAGAUGAAGGCUGGCAUGUGGGUAAGGAAUGGUCUGAGCCUGCGCCAUCAAGCAGGUACCUACCGUGGUGUUGGCCAAAGGGACGUCUCACAUCAACGGGACAUCUUCCUGCUGCAGACCGCAAUGGUGGUCUGCGACCCCAGCCGUGUGCUUGCCUCCAUGGUUGACCGCUUCGGCAUGGAGAAUUGGGUCAAGGGCAUUUUCGAGCAAAAGUCGAAAGCCCAAGAUGACACUCAGCACUUGGACGUUGUUGAGGACAUGAUUCACCUCUUGAUUGUUCUCCUCAGCGACAGGACUUCGCUCAUUCCGGCGGAGGAAUCCCAGAGCCCUCACGUCGCCUCCAUGCGCCGCGAUGUUACUCACGUCCUGUGCUUCAAACCUCUGUCGUUCUCGGAUAUUUGCGCAAAGCUUCCAGACAAGUUCCAGGAGCAAGAAGAUUUCCACAAGGUGCUGGACGAGAUGACAACCUUCAAAACACCAGAGGGCCUGACAGACGUCGGCACUUUCGAGCUCAAGCCAGAAUACGUGGAAAACCUCGACCCGUACAUCGCGCACUACAACAAGAACCAGCGCGAAGAAGCGGAGACGGCAUGGAGGAGAUCCAUGGCCAAGAGGACCGGCAAGUCGUUGGAAGACAUCGUAUACGAGCCAAAGCUGCGGCCAAUCCCAUCAGGGGCGUUUGCUGGCCUCAGCGGGUUUACAACUACCGGCAUGUUUGCACAGAUCAUUCACUACUCGCUUCUCUACACCCUCGUCUACUCUCGCCUCACUCCCCAGGUCCCGUCGACGCGCGUGGAGACAUUCCUACAAGUGGUGCUGCAUCUAGUCCUUAUUGCCAUUGCCGAGGACAAAACGAAUGAGGACCAUCAGCCUCAACCAUCAUUCAUCGCUACUGCCCUUACCCAACAGGCGCUCAGUGUGCUCACUCCCGAUUCGCCCAAUUCGAAAACGAUCGUGUCCUUGUUGAACCUGAUCGCCACCAAGGAAGAAUUCAAGUCAUGCCACCCCAAAGUUGCCACGAUUCUUCGGAGGAUGCAGCAAAAGCGGCCCAAGGCGUUUGAGUCCAGCUACGAGCGCCUUGGCCUGUCUGUAGACCGGAUGGGCGCGGCUUCGCCCGCGGCUAGCAAUGUGGAUGAAGAGCGUGAGCGUAAAAAGCGGGCGGCACUUGAUCGUCAAGCGAAGGUUAUGGCGCAAUUCCAAGCUCAGCAAAAGAGCUUCAUGGAGAACCAGGGCGAUAUUGACUGGGGAGAGGUCGAAGACCUCGAAGAUGACGAACACAUGCUUCCUAUGGAGGAGCACCGUGAGUUUUGGAAGUACCCGUCAGGUACUUGCAUUCUGUGCCAGGAGGACACGGAUGACCGGCGCUUGUAUGGGACCUUUGCCUACUUUUCGCAGAGUUCUAUCCUACGGCAAACGGAUCUGCAAGAUCCCGACUUUGUUAGGGAGGCAUUCAACACGCCCGAUAACCUCGACCGGUCCGCGGACGCCGUACGCCCAUUCGGCGUGGCACGGGAGAACCGCAAGAUUGUCCAGAAGGUGAACCAGAAGGGCGAGACAUUCGAAACGGAGCGCCAGGUCAUCGGAAAGGGGUUUCCCGCUGAGUACUCUCGCCCCGGCCCAGUGUCGACGGGGUGCGGCCACAUGAUGCACUACCACUGCUUCGAAGCCUACUUCGAAGCCACCGUGAGGCGCCACACCCAGCAGAUCGCAAGGCACGCCCCGGAACAAAGUCACCGGCUCGAGUUUGUAUGCCCCCUCUGCAAGGCUCUUGGCAACGCGUUCCUACCCAUCAUCUGGAAGGGUCGAGAAGAGUCGUAUCCCGGGCCCCUCAUCCCAUCCACAGAUUUCUCGACUUUCCUCGACACCGAGCUUCAUUCAGGAUAUUACACUCUCGGCGCGUUCCGCCCACCAGACCACGUACAGGCCGAUUUCGCAUCCUACACUGCCCAGCAUAUCAUUCACAACCUCGCAGAGAAGUCGUCUCAGCUUCUAGAUGAGGCGUGGGUCGACACGAGCUCCCAGCCUACCUCAGCCGGGGCAUCGUUCAGCGAGACGCCCAUUGCCUCACCUCCGGAACAAAGCACGCGGGCGACAACGCCCGAUGCCAGCAGCGCCAUGAGAGAGCUCGCCAGUGUCUACCGACGGCUUAGAGACACGUUGAGGAAGAAUGACAUCUCGUCCAGGCAUCAGUUCAAGCCGCCCGAGCAAGACCCGAACGAGCUAUACGGAAGCGACGCAUUAGCGCAGUCUGUUGGGUUCUCCAUUUCUGCUGUAGAGAUCCAACAGCGCGGCGUGGAAGCCGAGUACGGGAUGACCUUUUUGGAGAGGAUCCCGGAUCAAGUCCUCACACAACUGCGUAUCCUCAGCGAGACCGUAACUUCGUUCAUCGCGAUUGGGGGCUUACGUGAAGCCGGCCAGAACAAGGUCGACACCGAGUACCGCCGAGACUGCGAACGCCAGCAUUGCCAACUGUUUAUGGCGCAAUAUCUGGGCGAGGAAGCCGAGCACACCAGAUUCCCGGCCAAGAGCUACCCGCCCCUCCUCAGUCUAGAUCCCUUCAUUUUCCUCUGCGAGACCGUUUUUGCGGUUGUCCCGGCCCAGAACUACGACAUUGCGCAUAUUGUACGCCUUUGCUACCUAGCUGAAAUCACCAAGGUUGCGUACCACCUCACCCGCAAUGUCCCACCAGCGCUCUUCUUUCAAUUCCUCGCCGGCCGAGAGGAGCUCGACCCAUCCACGGCUCGAUUUGUAGCGUUCUGCGAAUCCCUCUGUGCCAUCGACCUCCAGUGCGCCACGGAGCCGGUGCUGGACUCGGUGCCGGAGAUCGAGCGGCCAAAAUGGGAGAACGCGGCGUUCUGUCAACCCGGCUUGGACACUUGGGACUCAUGGUACAUCUUCCUGCGCAAAUACGCUCUCGCAUUCCUGCGCAAGUGUGUCAUGCUCCUGCAUGUCAAGUACGGUGUCAACUUUAACAGCCGGGUUUCGCCCAACCCGGAGCAGCGCGAGCUCGAACGGUUGACCGAGACCCUUCGUGUUCCGAGCCUGGACGAGAUGCUCACUGCCCUUACACCGGAGCUAGGCGCUCAAUAUGGUUGGCCCGCCAGCACGCCGCGGCUUGUUGCCGGAUGGAUAAAACACCAGACGUUGUGGCCCUAUAACGGAGAUAAUAAGCACCUGCCUCAAUCAUCCCUCCUUAGCCACCCGGGCAUUUUCGAGUUAGUUGGCCUGCCCAAAAACUACGACACGCUCAUCGAGGAGUGCACGCGCCGCAAAUGCCCCACCAAGAAGAAUAAAGAUCUGAGCGACCCAAUGAUCUGCCUGUUCUGCGGCGAUAUCUUUUGUGGCCAAGCCGUCUGUUGCACCAAGCUUGUCAAGAAUGGUCGGCACAGCGAGCCACGGAUCGGCGGCGCCCAGCAGCAUAUGCUCAAAUGCCAGAAGAACAUUGGUCUCUUCAUCAACAUCCGCAAGUGCGCCGUAUUCUACCUCUCGGGUCGCUCCGGCUCCUUCAGCCACGCCCCCUACAUCGACAAGUUCGGCGAGAUGGACAUGGGCCUUCGGUUCAAUCGGCAGCUAUUCCUCCACCAAAAGCGCUACGAUGCCAUGCUUCGGAACCUAUGGCUAAGCCACGGUGUGCCCAGCUAUAUUGCCAGGAAGCUGGAGGCGGAUAUCAACAUCGGAGGGUGGGAAACCAUUUAA